AGUAUGUCGUAUUAUCAAACAACAACACUAUUCCAAUUUGAAGAAAAAACAUGGAGAAGAUGCAGUUAGCUAGCUGUAAAGAACACAAAGAAGCUUUUAACGGCUAAUUAUACUAAGCAUAGUGUCUAAUAAUCCUGCAUCGGCUAACUAUAUAUUCUGUUACAGGCUAAUCAUCAGUUCACCCUGACUCUUCGGUGCAAGUAACAAUAAACUUUUGUCACUUUUCGACAACUUUUCUGCAAAAUUAAAAAAAAAAACCUGUGCGAAUAUAUAUCUUUUUUUUUCUGAUAGAAGUAGCCCCUUUUCCCCAUAAGAACAGGAGUUGGGUGUCCACAGCCAUGAAAAUAUUACACAAAGAAGGAUAACAGUUUUUUGUUGCUGGCUCUUUAAGAAAAAAAUGCAGUUUAAUCAAAAAACUAUUUUAUGUAGUUAGCUAGGUAUCUCGAUAGCUAGCUAGGCAGCACACUUCUCUCAAUUAUAUAUAAAAUAAUUCUUACCUAAUAAAAUACACGAAUUUAAAGAAAAGUGUUUAGAUCUCCAGCUACAUCAAUAAAGCUACAACGACCACUUUUAUUCAUGGCCGUAGAUUGAUAAGAUAGAUAAGAUAAUUUAUUAAUCAAAAAUAGCUGUUCAGUCCAAAUAAUUAAAUAAAUUGGUAAUAUGAAGAGACAGAAAUGAAACACAGAAAUGAAGCAUCUUCUUUAUUGGCAGGCGAUUUUAAAGAUUCCGCCUUCGCUGGCGGAAAUCAAAAAGUUUUUUAGACUUUUUUUUGCUAAAUGAUUCCUCUCAACAAAAUAAUAUUGUGAUGUCACUUUCAAGUUCUAGGAAUAAUCCUAAUAAAUUUCCUCAUUAUAAGGAUUUCAUAAGAAUUUUUAAGCGGUAUUUUCGAGAAAUGGCCAAAGGCUCUCAGAGGUAUGGGCUUUUGCAAGUGUCUAAUAGGUAAAUAUAAAAACUCAGUAAAUAUCAUAGCCAUGCAUUUUAUCCCUCACGGCAAGAACAGCUGUAAAUCACUUUUUAACUUUUUAGGUUUUGUGAAAUGACUAAUUAAAAAUAUAAAUAAAUAUUAUAAAUUAAAAAUAUAUUGUUGUAGUGAUGUGUAAUUGACAUUGACAUGCGAGAUAGUUUAUGCAGCCCGUGCAUCUUGUUACUAUCUCGCCUGCGAGGAUAGUAUAACUAACUAACUCACUCACUCACUCACUCACUCACUCACUCACUCACUCACUCACUCACUCACUCACUCACUCACUCACUCACUCACUUACUCACUCACUCACUCACUCAAUUGGUAUUUAUUUUCGACAAAAUUUGGCACAGUUAACAAAUAAAAUAUGCUGAACAUGAUGGUGACAUUAAAAUUUUGAUUUUUAUUCACCUAAAUGUCAUUUAAGACCAUAAACGUUUCUAUCGUGCGACUUUCAACUGUGACUGAUAGGCUGUAUUCUGUGUUAUCAGACAUUGUAGAAUUGGGUCGCAUUGUCGAUGUUUCAUAUAGUUGUGCAUUUUUAAUAGCGAGAUAGCUUAUGCAGUGCCUGCAUCUUGCUUAGUUUGGUAUAAAUGCAUUUCAUCAUAGCCAUCUUUAUUGUUUCUUCUCAAUCUGAUUUUUUGAGGGUUUUUUGUAGUCAAGGAGAUUUAUGUUACAAUUAUAAACAAACUGCUACCAAAUUUUUUAAUGAUUCUGUGUCUUCCGAUUUAGUUCAAGCUAGGUAGCUACAUUUUCAGUGUCAACACAAUAACGGAUACAAUAACCCGUGCUUGAGUGUGCUUACCUAGAACUAGGCACACAUUUUGCUUACACAUAUGUCUUAUUUCACCAUAAAAAUUGUCAGAAACAAUUUGUCAGCGUCUCCCUGACUGUCUAAAUUCAAAAACUAUAUUGAUAGUGGAAAAUUAAGUUAUUCUUUCAAUUUUUACCAAAAUUUUAGGACUACCUUGUAAUAAUGUUCAAAGCAAUCUACGUUUGUAGCUAAAGUCCUAAAAUUGUUUUUUUUUAUAAAUGGCUAAAACGUGAUUAAAUAUUUACCUUUGAGUUUAGAAUACAUAAACUUAUCCUUAAAAUACGAAAAACGGAGAAUAACAAAUUCAAGAACAAAUACCAGAGUUGUAACAAAAUCCACAUCAACAUUCAAAAUGGCCUAACUGUCGGACCCCUUAUAUGUUGUGGCGUAAAAUUCUUGAGGAAACGGAAUCAAUGGCAAAUUCACGAUUGCAAAUUUCCCAAACGUUACACUCUGACGUUGCUGAUAGCAUAAAAAAUUUAAAAACAGAAAGAGUAGCUACUAUAAAAAAGUGUUCUACACUAGUUGAAAAGCUACAUGAAGAAAUCCAAGUGUCGGCCGCCGAAUUAUCUAAGGCUCAAAAGGCUUACUCUGACUUACAAAAGAUAACACAACAGGCCAGAGAAAGUGCUGCGGACGCACAAGAAAGGUUGCGUAAAGGGACUGUGGGUUUAUUUUCAUCAAAGGCAAAAAUGGAGAAAAAUUUGUCGAAGGCCAAUGAAAGAUUAGAGGUGUCCGAAAGACGCUCAACUGUAGCUAGAAACGAAUAUUUACUCACCUUGGCUUCCUUAAAUGGACACCAAAGGAAAUAUUACUCCUUCGAUCUACCAGAUUUAUUAGCAAUGCAAGAUGGUAGUGUAUAUGAAGAUUUUAGAAAAUAUUUUACCGUCAUAACUAACACUGAAAAAAAAGCAUGCCAAAAGUGUUUAGAUAAAUUAUCUGCGUUGGAGAAUGACGUGGGACAGCUACAAAGAGCACUGGCAAUACAGUGCUUCCUAAAAGAGAACCCAAUCUUCACACAGUGCACACCACACGAAUUCGCGCCAUUACCAGGUGAUAGUGUUACUAAUAUAAGCGAAGAGUUUGGUGCUGGUUUGCCAUUAAAUAAAGAAGCUAGAAAGUGGACAUUACGGUUAGCAAGGGAGCAAAAAAAUAGACGGAAGAAGGUAAACGAACUGGAAAGACUACAAGCUUCGACAUCAACAGAUUCUAAUUCGACGACUGAACCUGGUGCUAGUAGCGAUGGUACUAAGACAACGGAGCAGUCCGUUGAAGGACUAGCAGAGGAGAUACGCCAUUUAGAGGUUUUACAGGCUAAAGCAGAAGCUCGUGUUGAAGCACUUCGAGAAGCAGGAGUGAAUGUGGACGAAUGGUUACAGGGUGCACUUGCUGAACAAGAGAAUGAAGAAGAUGACGUGACUCGCAGUGAAAACGAUGAAAUGGAAGAUGAAGAUGAUUUUGGAGAAGACGAGUGGGAUGAUCCUUCCCCUGGAUCAAACGCUCUUGCUUAUUCAGAUGAUGCCUUAUCAACAACAUCGUCAGUCAAUCCGAAAUGUUUUACAACUCCUGCCAUAGCUUUGUACUCAUUUCAGGCUAGUUCACAAGAAGAGCUGUCUAUUACUGAUGGUGAAGAACUGGUAUUUAUUGAACGCGAAGGCGAUGGCUGGUGUAAAACACGUAAUAAAGCUGGUCAAGUAGGAUACGUCCCGGAAGCGUAUAUAGAAGUCCGAACACGACGGGGAACGAACAUGAGUGAUGAUGGCUUUUCUGCGUCAAGAGCAUCGUCCUUUUCCGGUUCGGUAAACAUGACGGAAUUAUAUCAAGAGAUAACAGCUAGUGGUAAUGCUUCGCAGCAAAUGGCAGAAACAGACAGCAUAGAGCCUGUUUGCUUUGCGAAAGCCAUUUAUGAUUACGAAGGUUGCGAAGAAGAGGAAUUGUCUUUUAACGAAGGUGACGUCAUCGUGGUCGUCAAUCAAAUAGUAGAUGACGACGAUGGUUGGUGGGAAGGUAUACUAAACGGGAAACGUGGUGUUUUUCCAAGUCUUGUUGUCGAAGAAACAAAGGCUCCUGUAGCUUCACAAGAUUUACUUGUUAUGAGUAGCCAUUCACCGAGUUCUGAUCAAUACGCAACGUUUCCUCGCGCGAAAGGAACGGACGAUAAGAAUCGAGCUAGUUUCUACUUAGAUAACAAGCCGAAUGAAACGUGACGAGCUUAUGCCACGAUAAGGUUAAAUUAAGAAUGUAUUAUAAUUGAUUUUUUAAUUUUUUUUAAUAUCGAAUUUAAAUUGUGUGAAAGAAUAUUAGAAAUAUCUUUUUAUGUACUAUUACGUUAUUAUAUACACUUCUUUUAUAAACAUUAAAGUUUUGUCACGCUAA